CUCCGCUAUUGUUGGAUCAUCCCAAUGGCCUUUACAAUAUUGGCAGUGGGCCUCCUUUUUUUCACUGACUAUGCCAUUGGAAGCUGUGGAACUUGUCAAAAUAAUUCUGUUGCAUGCCAAAGUUUAACUACAUUUUCACUUUGCAUUGAUGAUGUUCCCAGAUCAGAUGAAAUCAUUGAUUGUCCCGAAGGAAGUUUUUGUACAGACAAGCCUACAAUCUGCGUAAAAAAUACGAAUAGCUCCUUUGAAGCAAGUUGUGGAAUAGGCUGUGAUGUAUGUAAUUCUCAUGACAAUGUAUUCUCUUGUAUGGAUCCAUGGACAGCUGUAUUUUGUUUUGGCGCAAAGAAGCCAUUUCCUCUUGCCAAAUCAAUAUGUCCAAAAGGAUAUGUAUGUGAUCUUAGUAAUAGAGAAGUUUGUGUUAAAAAGUCUCCAAGUAUGGCAUCAUGUAUUAGAAAUCUACAAUCGACAACGAAAUUACCUGAUUCAACACCUCGUUCGCCUCGAGAUGCUACAACUUUUUGUCGAGAAAAUGCAAUGGAAGGAACUUUCCCGGCAGAGGGCGAUACUACAUGUAAAAGGUACUAUAUUUGUCAAGCAAUCAGUAAUGGAGCCAAGUUCAUGGGCUAUUCGUAUGCUUGUAGCGGUAAUGAUUAUUUUGAUCCUAUUGAAAGGUUGUGUACUAGAAAACGACCUAUUAGUUGCUGAUAAAUCAUUUAAGUCAUUUAAAAAACGUAAAUUAUAA